AAGACACAAGAAAAUGUGUGACAGUCUGCUAUGUCCACAAUCUAACUGUGUUUUUCUUCUUUUCCUUUUUUUCUUUUCUCCUGGGGUCGCCAGUUUACCGUGGUUUCUGGGCAGUCCUGAUGCUCCUGGGGGUCGUGGCUGUCAUCACCGCGAGCUUCUUGAUCAUCUGUGCAGCCCCCUUUGCGAGCCAUUUUCUCUACAAAGCUGGGGGAGGCUCCUACAUUGCCGCAGGCAUCCUGUUUUCCCUGGUGGUGAUACUGUAUGUCAUCUGGGUCCAGGCAGUGGCAGACAUGGAAAACUAUCGAAACAUGAAGAUGAAAGACUGCUUGGAUUUCACCUCUUCUGUUCUGUAUGGCUGGUCAUUUUUUCUGGCCCCAGCUGGGAUAUUUUUCUCUCUGCUGGCUGGAUUACUGUUUCUAGUUGUUGGACGCCAUAUUCAGAUACAUCACUAACUCGGCUGUUGCCAAAAGUAUUUUUUGAGAGAUUUUAAAACAAAGAAUCCUCUUUUUUUUCCAUUUUGUUUUAGUGAUCCCAGGAUAGAAUUAGCCCAUAUAGUUUUUUAAUUAUUAUUCCAAUUAACCAUUUUUACUAGUAGCUUCUUCUGAUAAGAAGGUCCUAGAAUUUCUCCAGACACCAAUAUGUCUUCAUCUUGUCUAAGUGCUACUAACCUCCCAGUUCUUUAGGAUUCAGGAUGUCUUCCUUUCACUGAACAUGUGAGAGUUUCUGAAGGCUGCAAAGG